GACCAUCCUGGAGCUUGGCAGUGGAGUGGGCUUCACUGGCAUUGCCAUCUGCAAAACCUGCAGGCCCAAGAGAUACAUCUUCAGUGACUGCCACCCCUGUGUCCUCCACCAGCUGGCACAAAACAUCUGCUUGAAUGGCUUCAUCCCAGGGCCUGACUCUGCUGCUUACACCCAGAAGGAGUCCCAGGGCCAGGAGGCAGCAGGAACAAGUUCCCAGAUCCCACAAGUGAUGGUUGCAGACCUUGACUGGGGCUCAGUCACACAGAGCCAGCUGCUGGACCUUCAGCCUGAUGUCAUCAUUGCAGCAGAUGUGAUCUAUGAUCCAGAGAUCAUUUCAGCCCUUGUUGGGCUGCUACAGAAGCUCUUCACUUGCAGAGCAGAUGGCAAACCUCCUGAGGUCUACAUCGCUUCCACCAUCCGUAACCCAGACACCUACCUCCUCUUCCAGGCUCAGCUUGAUAAAGCUGGGAUCAGCUGGCAGCUCCUUCCAGCCCACAGCAGCAGUGGUUUGCUCUCUGACUUGCAGCCAAACCUAACUCUCCUGCAGCUCUUUCUGUAGGCUUGGCCACUAAGGCAGAAUCAGAAGCUUCAGCCCAGCAGGAGCUCUCUGCUCUACCUCAUGGUAGAGUUCUGGACACCAUGAGAGGCAGUGAGAACACAGCUGUGGGCACAGGCAGAGCCAGUGCCAGCUGUUCCUGCUGGCAGCAUGCACCCAAGCAAGCUGCUGCCCCUCAAGCAGCAGGCAAAGCAAGCCCUGCUCAUGCUGCACUGAUGCUGCAGGAGACAACUGAACUGAACUCUGCUUUGGUUUGAACCCUGCAGGUGUUGCAGGCCAGGCUGGAUGAGGCCUUGAGCAGCCUGGGCUGGUGGGAGGUGUCCCUGCCCAUGGCAGGGGUUGGAAUUGGAUGAUCUGGAAGGUUCCUUCCAACCCAAGCCAGGCUGAUUCUGAUUUGUAUACUUGGAGGCCCCUCUGCAGCAGGCUGGGAUGAGCACCUCCCAGUGAGAAGGCAGCAAAG